AUGCUGAAAUUUUACAAUAAUAAACUUACUACAGUGGGGUUCCAAAAGUCUAUAGUGUUAGGGUCACAUCGUUCAAUUCCUGCUACAAACACAGAUCGCAUGAACAUGGACAAACAGCCGUCCAAGUUGGAUCACUUAGCCCGCACUUCGACAGAGCCACGCGAGAAGAACUUAAUAUGGGUAAAAAUUGUGGGUGUCGACACUGUCAAUGAGAAGACUCGGCUCUUAAAGCUCGGGUUGCAAGAAGGCCCAGCGAAGUUUCUUGCUGGACAGUGGCUGGAUACGUUUGUCCCCGGUAACCCGAAACCAGGUGGCUUUACGAUAGCCUCGGCGCCGUCAACAGCCGCGCGAGCCACGGAGCCGUAUUUUGAAUUGGCCGUCCAAGAAGCGCCCGAGAAUCCUGUGGCAGCAUGGCUCUGGAAGCCGGAGAACGAAAUACUGCAUAGAUUCAUACAAGUGCGUGUUGGGGGAAGCUUUGUUUGCCCACCAACUGAGGGGCUCGACGGUAUCCGGCGCAUUAUCCUCGUCGCUGGCGGGGUGGGCAUCAACCCGCUCGUGAGCAUGUUGGGCUACGUUGCCGAUCAGGAUGAUAAUCUGAGCAUACAAUUGUCAGUUAUGUAUAGCACAAGGGAGCCGGAGGACGGAGACUUAGGAGAGGUCCUGUUUCUGGACAGGAUUUUGAAUCUCUUUCGCACAGGUAGAGUUUCGGGCAACGUCAAGCUCUUUCUUACUAGGCCGGCGUCUCAUAUUUAUGAUCGGACGGCUGAUGAAACCGGCGGAAUCGAUGUAAGGUUUGGGAGAAUCGAAGGGGGGGACCUUCUUUCGGAGAUAUCUUCCGGCGGCAGCAAGGAGAGCACGCUGGUGUAUAUAUGCGGCCCACCAGCCAUGACGGAUUCAUUUGUUGAUCUGUUGACGGCGCCAGAUGUAGCAACCGUGAUCAGUGCUGCGAGGGUAAAGUCAGAAAAAUGGUGGUGA